AUUUCAACUUCCAAGUGACGCACUUAAACUUCGUCGUUCCUGAUUCAUUUCCACUUCCGUUGAAGCAACACUAAAACCUUCCUCCACUUUCCUACCUCACCUCCUCUCUCCUACUUCCCAGAAAACGCCAUGGGAGGCCGAGGAAGAAGCCGCACUCAAAGAAAACACUUCAAACAAAGCAGAGAUAAUGUCUGGAAAUAUAGCUCUAAAUCCGACGCUUCUUCCGCCGCUGACGCCGAUAAAUCCGGCGACGCCGAAGCUACUAAGAAGGAUAGUUGGGAGCCUUUGAAAACUCACAACGCUGCUUUUGAAGAUUACUACAAGGAGCAAGGGAUUGUGACGACGGAAGAAUGGGAUACUUUUAUUGAAGUUCUACGGAAGCCGCUCCCGGCUGCUUUUCGAAUCAAUUCGAGUAGCCAGUUCUGUUUGGACAUCCGCUCACAACUAGAGAAUGAUUUUGUCAAAUCUCUUCAAUCCGAGUUCACUGGGGAUGAAGCAGAAGCUCUUAGGCCACUGCCUUGGUAUCCAGAGAAUCUUGCCUGGCAUUCCAAUUUUUCACGUAAACAGCUGAGGAAAACCCAGACCCUGGAGAGGUUCCAUGAGUUUCUUAAGCUAGCGCAUGAAAUAGGAAACAUAACACGACAGGAGGCUGUCAGCAUGGUACCUCCUCUCUUCUUGGAUGUGCAUCCAGAUCAUUUCGUACUAGACAUGUGUGCUGCGCCAGGGUCAAAAACAUUCCAGUUACUUGAGAUAAUUCAUCGUGCAAAUAAACCUGGAACAUUGCCAAGUGGAAUGGUUGUUGCAAAUGAUGUUGAUGUGCAAAGAAGCAAUCUUCUUAUCCAUCAAACAAAGAGGAUGUGCACUGCCAAUCUAAUAGUCACGAACCAUGAAGCGCAGGAUUUUCCUGGCUGCCGUCUCAGCAAAUUUCACCAUAAUUCUUCUGAUAUUCAAUCUGCAAAUGGGCUGAGUAUAAAUCAGCUUGUCUUUGAUCGUGUCUUGUGUGAUGUACCUUGCAGUGGUGAUGGAACUCUCAGGAAGGCCCCUGACAUCUGGAGGAAAUGGAAUGUCGGAAUGGGUAAUGGUCUUCACUGUCUGCAGAUUAAAAUAGCUAUGCGAGGCAUAUCUCUGCUUAAGGUUGGGGGGAGAAUGGUCUACUCCACAUGCUCUAUGAAUCCAGUGGAAAAUGAGGCUGUGGUUGCAGAGAUCCUGCGGAGGUGUGGUGACUCAGUUGAGCUCCUUGAUGUCUCUGAUGUAAUUCCUCAGCUAGUUCGUCGUCCUGGUCUAAAGAAAUGGAAGGUCCGAGACAAAGGUCUUUGGCUAUCUUCUUAUAAGGAUGUUCCUGUAUAUCGUAGACCUGGUAUGCUUUCCAGCAUGUUUCCGUCAGGGAGAAGCAUAGUUGAUUCAUCUGAUAAUGGUGAUGAUGAAGGAGUGGCAGAAGCACAGAGAGAUGAUGGAAAUGUCGCCGUUCAGCCAACAAUAAAUAGCACUUCAUCACAUUCUGAAGUUAAUGACGAUGAAGUCUCUAGUUUACCUCUGGAACGCUGCAUGAGGAUUGUGCCUCAUGACCAGAAUACUGGAGCUUUCUUUAUUGCAGUCUUUCACAAGCAUUCUCCUUUUCCAGCUGAAGACAAAAACGAAACUGGAAACGGGCAGUUGCUCGAUAAAGACAAAAACUUUGCUGAAUCUGCAAGGGAAACUGCAAGCAAUUCAGAUGAUAUUUUGGAAGCAAAUUUAUGUGAAGCAACUUCUGUUGGCGAUGCAGAAAUAGAUGCACGUUCUUUGGACAAUAAGCCCAACCAAGCAUUGGGAGAUGAAGAACCAGAGGAUAAACAAGGUGAAAACGAAUCUGAGCCACAGAAAGUCGGAAUGAAGAGGAAGCUAAAGAACCAAGGAAAAUGGAAAGGUAUUGACCCAGUAAUAUUGUUGAAAGAAGAAUCUGUAAUCAACAGUAUUAAAGCAUUCUAUGGAAUAGACGAUUCUUUUCCCUUGUAUGGUCACCUUGUCACAAGAAAUAAUGAUACUGACAGUGUGAAGAGAAUAUACUACAUAUCUAAGUCAGUCAAAGAUGUUCUGGAACUGAAUAUUCUUGCUGGACAGCAGCUUAAGAUAGCUUCCGUGGGCCUGAAGAUGUUUGAGCGGCAGACUUCCAAGGAUGGAAACUCCACAGAAUGUAGAUAUCGUAUAUCCUCCGAAGGAUUGCCCCUUCUCCUCCCUUACAUAACCAAGCAAAUACUCCUUGCACCCCUUGUCGAUUUCAAGCACCUGUUGCAAUACAAAUCCAUCAAAUUUGGCGAUCUUGUUGAUGCUGAACUGGUUGAGAGUGCAUCAAAACUAGUACUCGGAUGCUGUGUAGUAGUUCUAAAAGAAGCUCACCAGGCAUCAUCCAUCCCCAUCCAAGUUGACUCAUCCACUGUUGCAAUUGGCUGCUGGAAAGGGAGAUCCAACAUAAAUGUCAUGGUGACAGCACUCGACUGUACAGAUAUGCUUGAAAGACUUCAGAAGCGCACAGGAACUGAUAAUGCUCAGACAACUGAACCCGAAAAUGGUGGGGUGAAUGGAGCCUCUAGCCCGAAUGAUACUGACAUGAAGGAGGAAACAACUGCUGACAUGGUAGCAUUAUAGUUGAAGGACAGUCUCUUUUCUUCCCCUCUUGCUACUUUAUUCAUUUUCGAAGAUUCGAGGGGGAUUACAAUUUUGUGACGUUUUUAUGUCGUUUUCUUGUACCAAUGCAUUCAUACAACACUAGUGUUAAUCAGAAUGUGUUCUUAGCCUAUAGUUUCAUACCAUCCACAUGUAAGACUUAUUGUUGUUAAUUUGUUAUCACUAUCAGGCCAUUAGGCUUGCUUGCCAAUGAACCCAUAAAAUAGAGGAUGAAAGCAUAAAAUUGGUCUUUUCUUGUCA